UUUUAGAUGUGUGAUUUGAUAGAAGAAGGAUGAAAGAGGAAAAGGGAAGUUGAGAAGAUGAGUGAGUGGGUAUUAAAUAGAGAGAUGGAGGGGUUUUGGUGUGGCAGUUGCUUUGUAGAGAGAGAAGCAAAAGAGCGAGUGUGAGGGUGAGAGUGAGAGGAGCAUGGAGUUCCACCGCAGCGAUUCAUCGUCGCCGUCUUCUUCCAUGCCCACACCCAACACCACCGAUCCCAAGAAACCCGCAACCGACCCAAUGCACUCAUGGUGGGAGUCAGUGUCCAAGGCUCGUUCCCGCAUCCACGCCCUCGCCGCCAUCCUCCCCUCUUCCUCCCACGACCCCCUUUCCUCUCUCGCCGACUCCGACCGCCCUGCCCUUUCCCUCCUCUCCUCCUCCACCGCCUACGCUGCCGUCUCAGCCUCCCUCUCCGGCUCCCACUCCGACCCCCUCUGCCACUGGCUCUACGAUACCUUCCUCUCCGCCGACCCCCAUCUCCGCCUCGUCGUACUAUCCUUCGUCCCUCUCCUCACCGGUCUCUACCUCUCCCGCAUCCACUCCCCUGAGCCUCCUUCCCUUGCCGGCUUCGAGGCCGUCCUCCUCGCUCUCUACGCCGCCGAGACCAGAUCCCGCAACGGCAAACCCCUCCUCGUAACGAUCCCUGACCUCUCGCACCCCUCCAUCUACCACGCCCCUCUCCGAAAACCCCAAUCCCUCUCCCCUCCCUCCGUCGGCCUCAUCUCCCCUCCCUUGGAACCCCAACUCGGCGUCAAAUCCACCAAACGCCCCGCCAUCGUCGGCGUCGCCCUCCACUCCUACUUCUCCCAGAUCUCCCACAUGCCCGCCUGGUCCAAGCUCGACUUCUGCCAAUUCGCUGCCGCCUGGGCCGGCUCCGAUCCCUGCCCCUGCCGCACUCAAUUCGACGACGCCCCGAUUCCCGAUCAUUCCGAUAUUCGCGCCGCCAAAGGCGAGAGAAUCCCUCUCCCCUGGGAGAUUCUCCAACCCUCGCUCAGAAUCCUGGGACACUGUCUCUUGGGGCCGUUGAACUCUCAGGACGUGAAGGACGCGGCUUCCUUCGCGGUUCGCUGUUUGUACGCUCGUGCCUCGCAUGAUUUGGUACCGCAGGCCAUUCUCGCCACCAGGAGUCUCAUUCAGCUCGAUGUGAGGACCGCAGAGGCUGCCAAGGCUAAUGCUGGUUCCAACUCCAAUUCGAACACACCCACCAAGGUCAAGAAGCCUGAGAUUCUCUUGGUUUCCAAGUGAUGAUGAGUUGGAGGAGGAGACGGAUAAGCGUUGCUGCUGUGUACUAUUACUGUAGGUCUUCUUCAUACUGUAAGCAGAAUUCAUGUUUGUAUAAUAGAAACUUCAUAGUUGCAUUGCCGACUCUUUUUAUAUAUAUAUAUAUUUUUUUUUGUUUUC